ACUGACGUGACGUUCUUCAGACAUUGUGACGCAUAAAAAUCUAUUCCAAAAAAAAUGAUUUCAUACAAACAUAUGUUUUUUGGAAAACAAAACUAAGAUAUAGUGUAAAUAAAUGAUUUGAAAACAUAUUUAAGAUAAAUUUUGUGAAUGUGAUAUACUCAUAAUCAGAAUUUAUGCAAAUUUAUUGCUAAAAGUGUUUUUUAAACUUGUUUCUUUGUUAAAGUUGCUUGGUGACAGAAGCCAACAGGUACUUAUAGCAAGCAUUCGUACUAAUUUAAAAAACAUAAAAAAUGUUGAAACUAGCUGCGGAGAAUGUUAAAUCCAGACUUAUCACUUGCAUAUCUUCAAAUUUACCUACGGCAACAACAAGAGCUACAACACAAAAAAAUUUAUCACAAAGUCAACAACAUCAGAAACAAUACAUCAUAAAGGAUCACUACGAAUUUGAUCAGAAGGUGAUUAAUAGCGAUAAUCCAGUAAUUGUAAAUUUUCAUGCUGAAUGGUGCGAUCCCUGCAAAAUACUUACACCAAAAAUGACAGAAUUAUUGGAAAAUUCGAACGAAAUCGAUUUAGCCAUCAUUGACGUGGACUCCAAUACAGAUUUAGUGGAAACAUUUGAGGUUAAAGCCGUACCCGCUGUGUUAGCUUUUCGAAAUGGUGUCGUUGUGGAUAAAUUUAUUGGAUUGGUAGAUGCAAAUAGUAUAGAUUCUUUAAUUGAGAAACUUAGACGUAAAAAACCCGGCGCUGCUCAAGAAAACUAAACUUCUAUAAACUAAUGCAA